AGUAAAAUAGCAAUUACAUAAAACAUGGAAAACCACAAGCUGGCGCAUAGUUUCCAUGUUGCUUACAUCGCUGUCAGCUGAUAUCCUAUCGAUAAGCCAAUAACGAUAGCUCGAUAGCAACCCCUGGCCAAGCUGAUUUCAAUAGCCGCCUUGUUUUAUGUUUUCAUCGUGUUAAUUGGACACAGUACCAAAUAUAUAUUUAACCGCCUGCCAAUGGGCCAGCCUGGGUGUCCCACUGCCGGGCCACGCCCCCGCCCAUGCGGCAUUGCGCUAUUCCUGCUUGCACUCAUUCCAUUAACUGUUGCCAGCUCAGCCAAGUCGCCGCUGGGCAGGGAUGACGAGCGCUUCGACGAGGAGCUGGUGGUGCGGCCACUGUCCGGCGAUCAUGUCAACACCUACUUCCAGUUCACCACGCGCUGGCAUUUUGGUCACAAGGAUAAUCUUUACCACACCCAGUUGACGCCCCGGGUAAUUGCCGAGCUGCUGCAACAGUUUGACGUCAAGGAGCUGCACAUUGGUCUGACCCAGGGCUUGUGGCGCUACGAGACCUGGGGAUAUCCCAUCGUGGAGGCAACCAGCGGUGCCGAGAUGUGGGCCUGGUUUAGCGGCGAUAACAAUCUCACCGACAGCGAGGUGAACAGCCAAUGGAGCCAGCUGGCCAAUGUGUUUUCCGGCGUGCUAUGCGCCUCCCUGAAUUUCGUGGACAAAACGAAUAGUAUUUCGCCACGCCAUCUGCUCCGUCCACAAUUUAUGCCGGCCGCCAACAGGAAGAACUUUGUUCGAUAUUCGGCACUGCCCCGUGAGAUCGUUUGCACUGAGAAUUUGACGCCGUGGAAGAAGCUCCUGCCAUGCGGCAGUGCCUCUGGCUUUGCCUCGCUGCUUAAUUCCGGCCAUGUCCACAACACCAAGUACCAUUCGCUGGGACUGAAGGUGCGAACGCUGUGCGAGGAUAAUAGCGAGGAUAAUUGCAUUGUGGAGCUGACGCAGACGGCCAAUUUGGUCUACGAUCUGCGUCUCUUCGAGCAGAGCAGCAGCAGCAGCAGCAACGGUGACUUCUCACUGCGCCGGCUCUUUGGCAUGGGCCUCAACGGCUACUGUGAGCUGGCCGAGAGCUCUAAGAUGUAUGUCCAGCGGAAUGAGCAGGGUGAACGCUACCAGCUAGUGCCACCGCCCAGUCCAGAGAAUGAGGAGGUGAGGAGCACUCGCGGUGGACACACCGCCAUCUAUGGCGUCUACGACAUGCACGAACAGUUCAAGGAUCACGGCGAGCGUCUCUUUAAUGUGGCCUGGCUGGCGCCGAAAAGCGAGAAUCGUCGACGUAAUAUGGUGAAGCCAACUCCGCCGCCCCUCACCGUCCAUCGGUAUCUCUUGGGGCAUGGCCAGGAGCGAGGGCGUAUCGCCACCGAGAUCACAAACUCACAUUACGAUGCCUUGCCCAUAUUGGUGCAGGAGGUGAUACCUUGGUAUGUCCACGGCUACCUGCACACCCUCUCCGUUCGCAAGAAGCCGCAGCGCGUUAAUGAGUACGGACGCCAGCGGAUUCCGUUCAAGCUGCUCCACUAUAAGCCCGGAAAGCAGCGAGAGCUGCCGUCGCAUCUGGAGAUCGGCUUUCUGCUGCCGGGCCAGACGUCCGCUCUGAUAACCAUCGACGUGGACUAUCUGCUGCUCAAGUGGCUCGAAUAUCCGCCGGAUGCCAAUCAUGGUCACUAUAUCGGAUCGGCGCUGGUGUCCAGCCAGCUGCCAAUGGGCAGGAACUACACUGCCCUGCCGGUCGAGGGUUAUCUGUUCCGGGACUCCUUCAAUGCCACCCGACCCAGCUAUGUGCUUAGCCUGCACACGGAGGCGUUAAUUGUUUCACUGCCCACGCCAGACUUUAGCAUGCCAUACAAUGUCAUCUGCUUGGCCUGCACGGUGGUGGCCUUGGCCUUUGGCCCCAUCCACAGUGUGGCCACCAAGAUGAUAAUCGUGGGCAAGCCGACGACAACGACGCCAAAGAACUUUAUCAAGAAGCUGCUGAACAAAGUGUUCCGGCGUGGUGGCCAGCCAGCGGCUGAGGGAGCAGGAAAAGGAGCAGGAACAGGAGCAGGAGAUGGUGAGGAAUCAAGAGAGGGAGCAGCAGGAGAUGCACCCCCGGGGGAGUCUGAAUUGCCAGGCACCGGGCACUUGGAUGAUCAGCCGCUGCUGGAGGAUCUCGAGGAGAAUGACUAGAAGGAGACGCGAAACACAAGUCAACAGCCACUGGAGUCGUGAUAAGCUCCCCACUCUAAUAUAUCAAAGAGGUUCUAAUAAAAAAAUAUCCUAAAGUAAAUAAAUCUAUGCGGGUUUUACAUGAUUAUUACGUUAAAUCUUUGGAAAAAUAAAAAAAUAUGGAUAUUCUAUUGAUAUUUAACCUGA